CUCACGUGUGAACCUUGGUCUACAGGACCGGUUAUACUUCGUCAUGGAAUAUGUCAACGGUGGGGACCUCAUGUACCACAUUCAGCAAGUAGGGAAAUUUAAGGAGCCACAAGCAGUAUUCUAUGCAGCAGAGAUCUCCAUUGGCCUAUUCUUUCUGCACAAAAGAGGGAUCAUUUACAGGGAUCUGAAGCUGGACAACGUCAUGCUGGAUUCAGAAGGACAUAUCAAAAUCGCUGAUUUUGGGAUGUGUAAGGAGCAUAUGAUGGAUGGAGUCACGACUAGGACCUUCUGUGGGACUCCCGACUACAUUGCCCCAGAG